UGGUGCCACUUCCCUGCCCUGACUGACAGCCCUUCCCACCACCCACUACCCUUCACCCUACAACAUGCCUGAUCUUGCCAUGUCAUACUUGUGGAGACGUAACAUUAUCCCAGUGUACAGUACUUACAGGAUGCAGUAUGUUGGGGUUUCAUGCAUUGGAGACUAAUUUCUGUUGUUAGUGAAAGAGUGAGAGAGAUGAAGUCGACAGAGGAAUUUGUCCCAUGGGAUUGAACGAAUGCAGACUUUUGCCUUCUUGACCCAAAGAGGGAACAAUUGCGCUGGUUCGUGACAGUGACCUUAUAUUUGGCAUGGUCACCCGUGCGGCCAAUUGUAAUUCUGACCAGCAGACUUUGGGGGCGUAAAAACCCUCGGGGGUCCUGGGUGUAGCUAUCUGGACAAAAUCAAAACACAGAAGAAAGAGGAGAGUGCAAUUCAUAUCGGAUACGGUCAAGCAUCAAGAAGGAAGGAAAGGAGGUAUACGACGUGUCCGGUUUCUUGAAGUGGAUUUAUAAUCUCUACACAACAAUGAAAUCAUCCGUUGGGAUUUGCAUUGUUUUCUGUUUUGCCGUUUUUGGACUGGGCUCUGCGCUCCAGUGUUACAAAUGCACUGACUACACCGGGAGCUGCUCAAAAGUGAAGGGCUGUGGCUGGGAUGAUGCCUGUCUGACUCUGAAAGAGAGAGGUGGCUACAUAUACCGCCAGUGCAUCAAGUACUCCGACUGUGAGUACAACCGGCUCUCUCAGAUGUUCCCUUCUGUGGCCAGCUUCACCUACCGUUGCUGCACCACUGACCUGUGCAAUGCGGCCCCUCUGACCGCCGCUGGGAAGCCCCUACUGGGACUGCUGGCAUCCCUGGCCGUCUUCUGGUGGUGCGUUCUCUAACCCCUGCCUGUGCCAGCUCCAGCAAAAAAAACAUCCAAAUGGCUGGAUCGUGUGGCAACAAUAGGCAGGGAUGCUGAGAUUAUAAUUAAUCGCACCCUUGCUGUUGCCUUUCUUAUCUUCUGAUCUGCACUAAAUGGUUAGGCUUGGAGUUGGGUGACGCUUUAAAUGGUGUUAAAUGUAAAAUGUGAUGUAUUUUGCAAAGAGAGCAUAAGUGUGGAUGUGUAUCUGUAAGUACUGUAAGUGUGAAUGUGUAUCUGUUAUUUUGCUGAACAUAGCUUUGAUAAAAAGGAGUGCUUGGGUAAUGCAGAAUUAAGCAAAAAACAAGCAAAACUCACACAUUGUUAGAAUAUAAUGGUGUAUAUGUACUGUACUGCAGUGAGUGAGUGGUUGGAUAAACUUGCACAAGUUAAUGUUUAUAUCUGCAUAAGAGUUUGCCAUAUUUGGUAAAAUACAUUUUAUUUACAAACUACCAGCCAUCUCCACUGUUAAAAUCUUAAAUUUCCCUUGACCCCCCCAUUAAAAUAAAAACAACAAAACAGAUA